AUGCUUCUACUCAUCACUUUUCUGGCAUCGGCAGUGACUGCUACGAAACUCGCCACGCUAGGCUGCACUACCGACACCCGACAUGCCGGGGUCUAUACCAACGACACAAUUCAUAUGAAUGAAAAUCCACUACUACCCUUUGAUCAUCCGAUGACGGAUGGAUUUAACCUCACCACUGGAGAGGAGUGGUCAUUUGAAGGGGUGUCCGCAGAUGGGACAUCCGGGAUGGCCUAUAUGCUCAGCCGUGGCACAAUCGCCGGAAACCUCUUGGCACAACGCACUUUCAUCGCUAUUACCUGGCCCAACGGGACAAGGUACAUGGAGUCUGGAUUCGCAGACGUAUCUACAAUUCAGAUGUGUCAGAAUUCGACAGUUGGGACAUGGUCUAAUGAAACCUCGGGUCUGAAUUGGAGUUUCGAGUCAUCCAACGACUACUCGCACACGGUUGUUAAGAUCGACUCAGCUACCAUCAAAGGGACAAUUACAUUAGAUUCACUGGCUCCUGCUGUCUAUCCGAAUGGCCUUGUAUACCCUGAUAGCUGUGGAAAUGUCCGAUUUGCACCCCAUAUUUACUGGGCUGAGACUGUGCCUGUUGCGACCACCGAGGUCGAUCUUAUCGUCAAGGGAACCCCAUACACCAUCAGAGGUAUUGGGGGAAGAGAGCGCAACUGGAAUUCCUUUGCUUGGGCCAAUUUAAGCUUGCAUUGGAACAUGCUUAGAGCGACUGCUGGCCCAUAUACUCUUAUGGCCUGGAUUUAUACAUCAAGAAUCGAUGGGCAGACGUACUUCACCAGCAUGAUUAUGAAAGAGAAGGAAGUAGUGUUCCAUACUCAGGAGCGACAGGCAUCGGCAACCAGCACAUUCGGCUCGUUCGACUUGGCAUACGACGGACCUGUUCAUUUGACAUCGGACCCAAGCGGGAGGCUGUUGCCUCCGUCAAAGCACACGGGAUAUGUAAUGGAAAUGGUGGAUCCAAAGGCUGAACAACAUUGGAAGUUCGAGAUUGAUUAUACGCAAACUGUGUAUUUAUUUGCGUCCAGCAAUAGUACAAGGGUUGGCGGAUUUGUUGGCGUACUUAGAGGAGGUUUGGUUGGCGGACCUCAGUACUCGGGACGGCACUACUUCCCUAUCUACUAA